AUGGGUGUCAUAGAGGAGACUGACGUAGAGCAGGUGACCCUGGCUCUUUUGGAUGCUGCCAAUGACAAGGAUCCGGUGGUGCAGGAACAGGUCAGGAAAUCCAUCUUGACACUGGGGAACCAGCAGCCUGAUAAAGUCUUGUCCAUGUGUCAGGACUACCUGCUCAAACACCCCAAGCUGGUGGUCGUGCACAGAAUGGUGGUCUUGCAAACCAUUGAGAUGGUGGUGAAGAGCAGGAUUGAUGACAUCAGUUACCCCAAGAUCAAGAGUGUUAUACAUCUGGCUUCUGAUGAGAUGACUAAAUCAAAGGAAGUUGUCCCAGACUGGCAGCAAGCAGCCAGUAAUAUACUGGUUGCUGUGGGAAACAAAUAUAUUAAUGACAUCAUGGAGGAGAUACUCGGGAAGUUCCAGCCAGGAGUUUUGCCACACUUCUUUGUGGUCCAAACACUAGCCAAUCUCUCAGACUCAAAUGUAUAUGGGAUGGUGCCAUUUCUCAGUGCUAUAUUGGGGACCAUGUUGCCCAUGCUGGGAAUGACCAAACAAGACAACAUGAAAUGGGUUUUCUCUUCCGCUCUCUGCCGGUUUAGCGAGAGCAUUCUAGAGUAUCUGGCCAACCUAGACAAGGCUCCAGACCCAACUGUGCGUAAAGACACCUUCUCCAGUGAGAUUUACUCAGCCUACGACAUCCUGUUCAACAGCUGGAUCCAGAGCAGAGAGUCCAAGCUGCGUAUGACUGUAGCAGAGGCUCUCGGGUCAAUGAGUCAUCUGAUGGCACAUGAUAAACUGGAAGAACAGCUUCCCAAACUCCUUCCCACCAUACUGGGCCUCUACAAGAAGAACGCAGAACACUACAUCAUCAGCAAGAGCUUGUGUCAGGUCCUGGAGGCCUCUGUGAAUAUGGGCAGCAGAGUGUUGGAGACACAGAUGGAUGGUCUUUUACUUGCUCUGCACCAACAGAUAUGCUCACCUGUAGACUUCAGCAACCCUCCAACUGUUAAAAAUCACAACGAGGUCUUGCGAUGCUUCAGUAUCCUUGCGAACACAUUCCCUGACCGCCUGAUGGUGUUUGUGCUCCAGAGGUUGGAGAACAGUAACGAGAGGAACAGAAUGGGCUCACUGGCUGUCCUCAGACACCUCAUCAAUUCAUCCACCUCCACUAUGGAAACCAAGAAGCUCCUAAUUCUAACCAGCAUCAGGCAACCUCUGGCUGACCACAGCAAUAAGGUGAAGAAGAGAGUGGUGCAGGUGAUCAGCGCGAUGGCUCAUCAUGGUUACCUAGAGCUGGAGGGAGGAGACCUGCUCGUCCGCUUCAUCAUUCAGCACUGUGCUCUACCAGACACUUAUCAUCGAGGACAGCGACCACCAGACCCAGAGGAAGUGACCAAUGAGGCUCUGCGUAGCAUGUGUGAUAACACGUUACAUCUUUUCACUACUACAGUGGGCCGGCUGACUGAUGUUCUGUGGCCGAUGUUGCUUUGCUACCUGACCCCAAAUCAGUAUGCCAACGCCACCACCCCAUUGUGCAAGAGUUUAAUUCUUCUGGCCAAUAAGAAGCGAACAGCACAAGAACCCAACUUCAUCAUCGACUUCAAUGCACAAGGCUAUAAUCUUCCCUCACAAUAUAUCCUGAUGAUAAGGCUCUUGGUGAAUGCCUCAUUCCCGUUUCGGUGCAGGGGACACGGUGCUCCCUCCCUGAACCUGCUCAACUCUAUCAGCCCGAACAUUCACCCUAAAGCAGAGACGCUGUGGGAAAAUGAGAUUCCAAAGCUGCUCGAUUAUCUUGAAGAAUCAUCUGAAGAAUCUCUGGACAAAAAGAAGUGGGAAGAAAGUUUACUUAAGCUCCUGUCUAAAACUCUGGCAGCCAUUGACGACAGCCAGUGGACCGGUCAGCUUGCAGCAGAAGCCACACGAUACCUGCCCACCUACAACAACUCACUGGAGGAGAAGAGUUUUUUGUAUAGGUGUGUCGGUGUGAUUCUCCAGCAGUGCCAGAAUAAAGAGUUGGUCAAGAAACAACUGCAGGAGAUCCUAAUCAGCUCUCGCCACAAUGAUGCAAUCGAAAGAACGGGUGUUGCCAUGGGAAUUGGGCUGUGUGCCAGCAGCCAUCUUGAUGGCACUCUGGAAAAACUGGAGGAAUUUGGGAAGUCUGAUGCCUUCAGGAAAGCCUCUGGGAUAUUUGGUCUUCUCAAAGAUAAAAACGAUGUUGAUGUGGAGAAAAUGAAAAGCACUUUAAUUUUGUGUUACGGCUAUGUUGCGUUACACGCUCCAGAAGAUAAGCUCCUCACUCGCAUCGACAGUGACAUUCUCCAAAACAUCUCGAAAAACUUCAACACCAAGGUUCUGGGAAUUAAAGUAGAGACCAAGGACAUGACUAUGAAGCUCAGUCUCAUUCAUAGUGUUGGACUCAUUGCCAAGGCCAUCAGCAACAGUGUCCGUAAACAGGGCUUCCUGUUCUCCCGCAAACAAGAGCUGAUGGGUGUUAUGAUGGAUUUCAUCAAAGCUGAACCAGCAGAUGUUAUGCGGACUCCUGUUCGCUAUCUGGUUAUGACCACAUGUGCCAACCUCAUAAACUUAGAUCCUCCUUUAUCAGAAAAUGAAAACUUUGACUUGUUAAAAGUAUGUUUGACUGGUGUUUAUGGUCUUCCAACUGUGGACACUCUGGACAAAGCUAAAGAUGAAGAAGCCCUGGAUCCACAGCAAAGAGAGGCCUUAUAUGCAGAUACUUUUAACGCGCUUCUUGAAUUGCUGAAGAAUGUGUUAGCCAGAGAUUUGAGUCCUGAUGGUCUGCAGUCUGUUUUUAAGCAUAUUGAGAGCUGGCUGAGCUCAGGGAAAGAAUAUGAGCGGGAGAGAGCAGCAAAGACCAUGGCAGAGUUACUGCAUUUUUAUCUGGACCAUCUCAGUGUGAAGAAUAUAGUGACAUUCCAUAAUCUGGGAGCUCUUGUGGGGCGUCUGGCCCCACGGUGCACAGACCCAAACCCUGAGGUGCGGAGGGCAGCCAUAGACUGCGUCUAUAAUCUAAUGUACAUUCAGCUGCGCUAUGAAGGCUUUUCACUGGACCACAAAGACGAUUCAGUUGAGGGUCUUUUAGAUAUUCGUGAGAAGCUAAGCAAUCCUGACCAUUCAGUCUUGUACCAAACCUGCUCUGAGCUGACUAAGAUCAUCAGUAAGCGUUUGCCCCAGCAGCAGUUGAGCACCCUGUUGUUUAUGCUGUUUGAUGGUUUGGUGGACUCUCAGUCCAACUGUUCCAGAGCAUCGAGCGUGAUUCUCAACACCUUGCUGAAGAACAGAGGCGCUGGCCUGCAGGAUCUGGUGCCAGAGAUGCUGGAGGUGUUGCACAAUCGGCUGCAGGUGAUUAGUGAAGAGCAGGUGAAGGUGGCUAUCGGUCAGUCCAUCCUCAUCCUCGCUACACAACACCUUCAGACAGUGGUCAACACGCUCGUCGCCUACCCACUACCAUACGACAGUUGGAGCUGUGAGAUGUGGAUGGCUCUAGGAGCAGACAGCACUUUGGCCUUGCAAAUCAUGGAGAUGAUUAUCGAGAAGCUCAGUGUUAUGGUUCCCUAUGUAGAUAAGAAGGAGUCCAUGUUAAGACCUGGUUUGACCAAAGUUGCCACAAGCCAACCAUUGGCUAUGACAUGUGCCCUUCGUGAGAUGAUGCUGAAUGGUCAGUCAGCUGACGCUGUGGCAUAUCUGUUUCCAAAGCUCUUCAGCGCUCUGCUUUUGCGUUUGGGUUCUAGCGUGGGAGUUCAGCUACCUAAAGAUCUCAACAGCAACAGCAUCAUUUCAGACCGCAAAACAACCAACAAAAACAAUAUGGCUUAUUUUGAUGUGUGCGGGGUGGCAGUGGAGGCCCUGCGGAUCCUACUGGGUCGAGCUCAGCUGGACGCUGUCGUGAAACCAUUAGAUCAGGAGGGAGCUUGGGACAAGAUGAAGGACCCGCAGCAGCACACAACAGGAGUCACUCUGCUCUCCAGAGCAAUGGCAAAGCAUGCUGGUCCAAGACUCCCCGCAAUUGUGGAGAGUCUGUGUCCUUCUCUCUGUAAUAUUUACGAGUGCCAGAGGAUCACAGUCACAGCCUUCUUCUCUGAGCUGCUGAACCACCACGUAGUGACUGAACUGAUGAUUUUGGACAUGUUGAUGAACAACAUGAUGGAAAGAAUUACUGACACCUGCGGUACUGUCCGCAUGCUGGCUGUCCGAGGCCUGGGGAACAUUGCUGUGGGCUCACCUGAGAAGGUGAAUAAGUACGCAAAGGAGCUUUUAGCAGCCAUGAGUUCAGGAAUGGAAGAGAAGGAUGAUCCUGGGAAACUCAUCACAUUGGAGGCCAUGUCAGGAAUGUCCAAAAUAUUGCUUUACCUGGACCAAAAGAAUGUCCAGCUGCUUGUGGUUUACAUCUUCAUGAAGAUAAAACCCUUUCUGGAGAAUGAGAACGAUGAGAUCCGAUGUGCUUCCAUCAUGCUCCUGGGAAACCUAUCAAAGUUUGGCUCAGGUGAGCCCAUCUUUAAAGACCAGAUCCACAAUGUUCUGGUCAGCUUGUUGUUGCACCUCAAUGAUCCCAACCCUCAAGUGGUCAAGGCAUGCAAGUAUGCCAUGCGCGUGUGCGCUCCAGUUGUAGGUUCAGAACAGAUCUCUGCCAUGUUCCAGAAUCAUCUUCUUGAGGAGAAGGGUCUGCACUAUGGAGAGUUCAUUAAUGACCUCACCAAAUACCUAAUCCAGGAUUUCCCAGGUAUGCUGAACUUCUACCACAUCACAGUCAUUCAGUUCUUCAAGAGUAACUGGUCUGAGAUCAGAGCCGGUGCUGCCAUGUUCAUUGGGUUUUUGCUUGGAAACCUUCAUGAUGAGCAUUUCUCCCAUAUGAAUAUGGGGUCAGUGACCAAGGGUCUGGUGAUGCUGCUGCAGGAUCCAGAUCCUCUCGUGCGAGUGAAAGCCGCUGAAGCCAUGGGUCAUUUUCACUGACGUUACCUCAACUCUACAGCCAAUCAGAUUGGUCUUUUGAUUUUAAGUUUGUUGCUUUGAAUUAUUGUUCUAAAGGUUUUUUUUUUUUUUUUUUUUUUGACCAAAGACUGUUCACUAGUUCUGUAAGAAAAGAGACGAAUAAAAAAAGACAUAUAUUGACGUUACAGCACUUUAACUGCAAGUACUCUCAGAUAUACACGGUGUGUGUGUGUGUGUGUGUGUGUGUGUCUGAUCCCUAGAGGGGGGGUUUUCACCUGCGUUGGAUUUUAAUGUAAGGUAUGUACUUUCAAGCCCUUUACAAAUGAGAUAUACUGAAGUUUGUAUGCAAGUACACUGAUAUUGCUGGUAUUACUUGUUUGACCAUUCCUGUAUCCUGCUAAAUGCAUAUCAACACUUCAUUAAAGGGGUCAUGAAUUGACAUGCAAGAGGUCACUGUACAAUAAAAAGCAUUCUAAACGUUUCAGAACUUAAAACAUUCGUUGUUAGUCCAAAAACAUAUUUUAUUGAAACCAAGCUCUGAAAAUGACUCAUUUCAGAUGUUGUCACAUUUAUGACAUAGUGCAAGUAAAGACCGCCCCUGCAGAAUCAGAUCGAUGCCUACUUCUACAUCAUAAAAUCUGGCGCGUUAGUGAGAUGAGAAGAGCGAUAAAUGAUCAUCACUAGACUAAAAAUAACAUUACAUUCUAAAGCAUCCUAAUGAUAGGAAAGUAGGUACAUUUCAUUGUGGAUUCUUCGGUAAAUCAGUCGCAAUUUUGGUGCAAGUUUUGAAAACAGACAGUAAUGCCCAACAUGUAAGUAACGGUUAAUUCUAAUGCCUGAUCUGCAAUCAGUGAUUUCUGAUAUGUAAUGAUUUCUGAUCCGUCAGAUGUUUUUUGUCUCAAAAUCGUUUAUUUCUGUUUAUGUGUCAGUAAAUCAAGCCAAUGAAAAAACGGUCAACUUGACAUCGUUUCUCUUAGUAGCACAAACAUAAUCUGUUAUUUAUAUUGUGAUAAUUAUAAACAUAAAGCAGUGAUAAUUAUAAACAUAAUUUAUGACGCUGUCUACUCCGCACAAUGAAUCUCUUAUAAACAUCUUAUUUGCACUGUUAGUUAAGAUUAAAUUGAGUAGGUCUAAAUAUAAUGUGUAGAGAGUAGAUCUAAAAAUAGACCUAAUGCUAUUUGCAUUAUUAGUUAAUCUAGAUAGCUGCAAUAGUAAAAAUGUAGUAAAAGUGUUUGAGAGUUAGAUGUUAGCCAAUCAUAGAAGUGGGCGUGUACAUCUCACAGCAGACACGCCCCUGAAAACUAGCGGGACUCAAAUUUGAGGGCUAAAAUCAGUGAAGAAAAUUGGCUUUUAUAUCUAAAUUAUGACAUUUUCUGAUUUAAAAGUCACACUAACGUUAUAAUUGCACCUCUGAAAACAUAAAAUAAAAAAGUUCAUGACCCCUUUAAAUCAUUAAAAAUGUAUGUAGGAUGAAUCAAUAUAUUAGAAACUACAAUCAACACUGUUUUUCGGGUUAUGAAAUCUGAUGUACUGCUCGGUUUGAGUUUAAUCCUCUAAAAAUGUUAUAAGUAGACUGUUGAGUCAUAUUGGCCACCCUAUACCUUUAGCAAUAAAUCACCGUAAUACGGAUGUGCAUUAGCAUAAUCUGCUUAGCCAUUAACUGCACCUGAAAUCUCCUGUUGUCCUUAAUCAAAAAAGAUAAGCAUUAUAGUGUUUUUGCUGUGACAUCUGUGGUUUCUGAUUGUACCUCAUGCACCAUAGUGAAACAAACAAAAUUGUGCUUCCUUCUCAUCCAAGUCGGAAAAGUAGACCAUAUUCACUGUAAAAUCUUACAUUGUUCUUACUAAGAUUUUUUUUUGUUAACUUAACUUAAUGUCUAAUAAUUUGUUGAACUUACUUAAAAUUUCUUAGUAAUCUGUACUGUUCGCAUGCUAUGCCUUCUUUACUCAGAAAAACCUUGUAAACAUUACUUGACUGGUUUGAAUACCAUUUAGCAUUUUGAGUACCAUAUAUAUAUAUAUAUAGCUUUUUUAUUUCAUUAAUUGACCGUUACAAUUUUUUUUGCGGUCUCUUGUAAGUAUAACCCCAAUAACGAUAGCAAAUAAAAUUGUAAUGGUAAAAUAAAGCCAAAAAUAGAAAAACAAAGCAAUUAAUUUAUUCAUGCCGCAAUGCACUUUGGGAGUACACUUCCUCCGAUCACAGACAGAAUUAAGUUGACAAAACUUAAAUGGAUUAAGAAUAACUUGAUGCAAUUAAGUUUUGCUUACUUAAUGAAAUUAAGGCAACGAGUUUGCAUAAUAAAAUUAAGUAAAACAUAGAUUUGUAGGUUGAAUUGCAUUAGAGUAUUAAAAGAUUUCUGACAUGUAUCAUACUCGUUUUGCAAAGCGUCUGUGUAGCUGAAACACCAGUGCCAGCCUUUCUGUGGCACUUGUCUUGUUCCGUUUUGUAAGUUACAUUAUAUCGGUGAAAUUAAUGAUAAUUCACAAGUGUCGUCACAGUUUUAGAAUGUUGAGUAUUGAAUUCAUUAAAUUGAUCAUUUUAUCUUAAUAAACAGGACAAAAAAGUGAUGAUUGUAUGGUACAUCUGCUAUUUUUACAAGUUUGCUACCUACUGUACAAUGAGAAACUAUAUAAACACAGACUUGUAAAUCAAACUUUUAAUGUAGCAAUUAGUGGCAGUUAUUCCUGGUCAGGAAUCUCAUGUGGUAAUGACACUGGGAGAAGUCACUGAAAUGGUGUUUGUUUGUUUUUUUCUGGGAUAGAUUUCGGAGCAAUCACACUCACUGAAAGUUUCACAGGUCUGCUGGUCAAUCAUGGUAUCAGGUGUUACGUUUGCAUCUUCAUAUCAAUUUGUUUAAAUGUCUUAGAUUUUUUACAGAAUUGUUUUGUAUCAUGUAAAGCUGAUCUCUGGAUAAUGGAGAUGACAAUAAGUAGAACUGAAUAAAAGUUAUUAGGCUAUAACUGACAACUCAGA